GUCAUGUAAGAAAACUUUCUUUACUUUGAGUUUUCAAUUCUCCACCGCCAUGUGCGGUCUCUGAAUCCGAUGAAUUGCACUGUAGCAAAUUUGACGCUAAAUCCCUUUAUUUCUUCAUUUUUUAAUCUUAAAAAAUUCAAAAUUAAUCGGUCAAUGGUACUUUGCACUAUCUUCAUCUUCAAUCCAAAAUCAAGGGAGACAGAAAAAAAUUCCAUCAUUGUUGGGAUAGAAGAAACAAGAAAAAAAUUCAAUGUUAUUCUAAGUUUAUUGAAUAAAUUUCCUGCAUUACCCGCUUUUUAAUAUCCCUUUUCACCUUUGUUAAUCAAGGGAAAGAAAUCAGAUGGGGGAUGAUACUCAAGAGUUCACAAUUGAUGAGGCCCUCAUUUCUAUGGGAUUCGGUAAAUUUCAAAUUUAUCUCCUUGCGUAUGCUGGAAUGGGAUGGAUUGCAGAAGCUAUGGAGAUGAUGCUUCUCUCCUUUAUUGGACCAGCUGUUCAAGUUGAGUGGGGUCUUUCUUCAAAUAAAGAAAGUAUGAUAACUAGUGUGGUAUUUGUUGGAAUGUUGAUUGGGUCAUAUUCAUGGGGCAUUGUUUCUGAUAAAUUUGGACGAAGGAAUGGAUUCUUUAUAACUGCAAUUUUUACUUCAACAGCUGGAUUAUGUAGCGCUCUUGCUCCUAACUAUACAACAUUGAUUAUCUUUCGUUUCUUUGUUGGUCUUGGUUUGGGAGGAGGGCCUGUAUUGUCAUCGUGGCUUUUGGAGUUUAUUCCAGCUCCAAAAAGAGGUACUUGGAUGUCUGGUUUUUCAGCGUUUUGGACUAUUGGGACAUUGUUGGAGGCUUCAUUAGCUUGGAUAAUCAUGCCUUCAUUAGGUUGGAGGUGGUUACUUGGAUUUUCUGCUGUCCCUUCGGCAGUUCUUCUCAUAUUCUAUAGAAGUGCACCCGAAUCACCCAGAUACUUGUGCAGGACAGGUAGGAUGGACGAGGCGCUGAGAAUUUUAGAGUGGAUAGCAAAAAUGAACAAAGCUGAACUACCAUCUGGUAAUAUUGUUUCUGAACACCAAGCUCCCAAAGUAAUUGAACUUCCGUCAGAAGAUGCACAUUUGUUGUCUCCGAACAAAGAUGAAUACGAAAAUCAUGAUAACUUGGAUACUAACCAACAAAAAGGAGCUUCAGUUGUCACACUUUUUUCUCCGCCAUUACGGAAAUCAACUAUGCUAUUAUGGGUAGUUUUCAUCGGAAAUGCAUUUGCGUAUUAUGGCCUGGUAUUGUUGACGACUGAACUGAGCAACAAGGAUAACAAAUGUAUUCCAAAUCAUGCUUCAUCGGAGUCCGGAAAACCUGUCGAUGUGAACUACCGAAAUGUUUUCAUUGCUAGUUUCGCAGAGUUUCCAGGACUACUUAUUGUAGCGGCAACAGUGGACAAAGUCGGCCGCAAGCUUUCAAUGGCAUCUCUGUUCUUUCUUUGUUGCCUUUUCUUACUCCCAUUGGCGUUUAGUCAGUCUGGAGAUUUCGUAAUUCCUCUUCUGUUUGGUGCUCGUAUAUGCAUCUCGGCUACAUUCACAAUUGUGUAUAUAUACGCCCCAGAGGUAUACCCAACUUCAGUUCGGACAACUGGUGUAGGAGUUGCCAGCUCUAUGGGAAGAUUCGGUGGAAUGAGUUGCCCCCUCGUGGCAGUUAGUCUGGUUCAUGGCUGUCAUCGAACUGCAGCCAUUCUUCUGUUUGUGACCAUUAUCUUUGUUUCGGGGGUAUGUGUAUUGCUUUUCCCGUUUGAAACAUCUGGCCGUGAGUUAAGUGAUGAAGUAUCUGACAUCAACCGGGAAGUUGAAUUAACCUAAAAUCCCGCUGCGAUCUGAUAGUGGUUUCUCCAGUAUUUGAACAUUCUACGCACUUCCAGCUGAUCGCAACAUCAUUUUAAAACCAAAGACCGACACAUUUAUUUGUUGACAUGUAACCAGUUUUUGAUUCGAAGGAUCAUACAUAUUCUAGUUUAGCCAAAACGACAGCUAGCUAGAUUGGCCUAUAGAUGACUCGUCGAUUUAAGCGGGGAUGAAGCUGUGCAUGUAUUCGUGCUGCUUGCCCGGGCAUUCAUAUCGGUUUUGGAGGUUCUCAUUUGGUCCUAGAGUAAUUGUAGUUCUGUUGUUUUAGCUGAUUAAUUGGCCUGAGAUGUAAAAUUUUGUCAUAGAAUAGGUUCCAUAUUCUAUAAACAACAUUUUAUAUUGUUUUGAGCAACUGUAAUCAUUAUUUAUCAUAGUUUAUUCAAUUUCUAAAUUACU